AUGAUAAGUGAACAUGAUAUUACUACUAUGAUAGAUCAGAAUAAUAAUAGCCACAAUGAAAUUGUCUUUUCUGUGGAAUAUCAACCAAAGAAUAAUGAAAUAAUUGAUUACUACUUUUAUCAGAUGCUAGAAAAAAGAGCUUUUCCACCAGAUGCUAAGGCAGCUUUAUCUCAUACAUCUUUUAGAAGAAAAUGGGAACUAGUUUGUAAGGACCAUAAUCCUGAAUCAUAUUCAAAAGCUAAAAGUGCUAAUCCAUUUGUAAAUUUAGAAAAAUGCUGUUGCCACUUGAGAACAAACUCUCUAAAUAUUAGAGAUUAUUAUAAAUUAGAAAAGUUAUUAAGACAAAAAGAUGUUUGUAAAGAAUUUUUGCAAAAAAAAUAUAAUGGACUGAGUUUGUUGUUAAAUAUUUUUAGCAUUGUUAUUUCCAAGAUAAAUGAUUCUGGAAAUACUACAUUCCAAUUUCUACUGAUUUUACUACAGAUCAUCAAAACAAUUCUAAACCAUGACUUAGGACAAAUGACCGUUGUGCAGUCAGAUAAAUUAAUCAAAAUUCUGUCUCAGCUCAUUUAUGGAUCAAAUUAUACAGUUUCAAUUAGAAUACGCUUGAUGAGCACAGAAAUUUUAUUAAUGGUGACUUAUUUAAAUGAUAAUAAUGGGCGUGAUAAAGUAGUUGAGUAUUUGGGCAGUUUUUAUUCUCACUGGUUUGAUGUAGUUUCACAAACUUUAGAGGCAAGCUUUGAAAAUUCAUUUGAUGAGGAUUCUUUAUUUUCUGAACAGCUUCCUGAAAACUAUGCAUUAGCAACAAUGUUUUUAAUAAUAUCAAUUGUCCAAGCAAGUAAAUCAUCACAGGAAAAAUACGACACAAUUCUUACUUUAGAAAAUAAUGAGUUUGGCAGUAAACUUUUGCCAAAAUUCCAAGAGUUGAACAGCGAAAAAUUGAACAAGGAAAUCACAAAGUUUAGAAAUUUAGAAGACUCUAUAUUGGCACAGUUUGAUCCAAAACUGACUACUUUUGAAAGUGUGCUUUCAUCAAAUAUGCGGAAAUUAAUACUAUUAUCAAGGAACGAUUUUUUAGAAUCCCCCGUCAACAACUGUUUGGAAACAUUAAUAGAUUUUUUGAGUAAUGCUUCUCUUUCAGAUUCAACAAAGCUUUUAAAGUUUUUGGAAACUGUUUUAAACUACUAUAAGAGCCAUUAUAAAGAUAUCGCGGAACCAGAAAAAAAUAAUCUUAUUCAAUUUUCUAUUAAUGAUUUAAUGGACAGUUUACAAUCAGACCAAAUAGCAAGCAGGGCAUUGAAUUCGUUAGAACUCUCAAAAUUAAAAAUUGAAGAGUUGAACAAGGAAGUCAAACAUUUAAAGGAAAUUAACAGCUUAUCUAAGGAUGAUCUAAUCAAGGACUUGGAAAACAAAAGCAUACAGUUGGAAACCUGUAAUUCCCAACUAAAGGAUUAUGAAAUAAAAGUAGAAAAAUUGAACGAACAACGAAGAAAACUACAGAAACAACUUGACAUGGAAAUAGUUCAUAAUAGUAAUAGUAAUAUUCAGCAAUUUUCUCCAGCCACGGAAACAAAAGUUACUUUAUUUGAUAAUUUGAAAAAACUAAACAACAGUAUGACGAAAAGUAGUAGAGUUUUGUCAUUGUCUUCUAUGGCUGCAUCAGAUAAUGAAAAUGAUUACACAUCCAGCUUCAAUAUUAAGAACUCUAACUUUUCUGCCGAUGACAUAAAUAACAGCGGUUUAGCAUUAAAAAAGUUUGUUACAAGUUCUCCGCUGAAAAAUAAAAAAAACGUUCCGACCAGCAAGUCCAUCUUAGGUGCUUCUAUAGAAAAUGCCAGUGGGCAAGGUUUGAUGUUUUCAUCAACUAUAAUUCCUUCUAGUUUCGACAAUAUAAAAUCUGAGAACACUGAUAUCUUGAAAAGAAAGGAACCGUUUUUAAUAGGGGAAUCUCCAAUAAAGUUACAAAGCAAGAGUUUUUUGUUCGGACCACCACCGGUACCAUCUUUUCUGGAAUCGGUAGAAUCUUUGCCUUCUCUGUCAGCUAUACCAAGUCCGCCUCCAUUACCGUCAUUGUUCAAAAACAAGGAGGGUUUGGUAAAAACUGUAUCACCUUCACUACCGCUUCCACCACCACUGCCACCAUUUUUAAAGGAUAAUACAUUAAAUAAAGGAUCAGGUUUGUCGCCGCCACCAUCACCACCACCACUACCGCCAUUUUUAGGGAACAGUGCAUUGAAUAAAGGAUCAGGUUCGUUACCAUUACCACCACCACUACCGUCAUUUUUAGAGAACAGUGCACCAAAUAAAGGAUCAGGUUUGUCGCCGCCACCACCACCACUACCGCCAUUUUUAGAGAAGAGUGGAUUGAAUAAAGGAUCAGGCUUGUUACCACCACCACCACCUCCUCCUCCUCCUCCCCCUCUUAAUUCUUCCUUAUCUCCAAAAGUUUUAAAAAUAAAUAAUGACAGUUCCCUCUCAAACAAAAAUUUAGAGACUCCUAAACCAGAAAUAAAACUAAAGCAAGUUCAUUGGGAUAGAUUGAGCUCAGUUGAUGGAACUUUAUGGGAUAACUCUGAAUAUAGGGUGGAAGUUGAUAAACAACUAGAAGAAUUGGGUAUUUAUGCUAAGGUGCUGCAUUUAUUCCAAAUUAAACCAUUCAACAGAACGAAUAAACACCAAGAAGGAGGGAACAGCAUUGGGAGAACUGAUAAAAGGGCUAAUAGUGAUAACUCUAAAAACAAAAAAGUAUUAAAAAAGACAUAUUUAACAAUGGAAUUGGCACAUGAGUUUGGCAUAAAUUUACACGUAUAUUCUUCUUUAACUGUUAAACAAUUUGUCACAAAAGUGCUACAAUGCGAUAAAGCUAUACUAGAAAAUCACAUUGUGCUAGAAUUUUUCACCAAGGAGGAUUUGUGUCAUGUGCCAAAAACUGCACUGAAGAGCUAUAAGGAUUACGAAGACGGAUUGAAAAGUCUGGAUGAACUUGAAAGAUGGGAUCAAAUAUACUACCAUUUAUGUUAUAAACUUAGACAUUAUUGGGAGAUACGUUCUAAAUGCCUAGUCAUUUUGACAAAUUUUGAAAAAGAUUAUUAUGAUAUUUUAUUCAAGUUGCAGAAAAUAGACGACGCCUUGAACCUAUUACAAAAUUCAAAACACAUGGAGAAGAUUUUCUAUAUCAUUAUAUCCAUAGGAAAUUUUAUGAAUUACAAAAAAACUGAUGGAUUUAGAUUAAGUUCAUUGAACAAACUUGGUUUUGUUAAAAGCAAUAGCAAUAAUCAAAUUUCUUUGCUUCAUUUUGUUGAGGAGAUAAUCAGGACGGCAUUUGAUGAUGAGCUAAGUGAAUACUUGAAUAAAUUAAAUAGGCUAGAAACCUUGGGUAAUUUAUCCAUUGAUUCUGUAGAAAUGGAAUGCAAGGACUUUUUUAAAAAAAUUAAAACUGUUUCCGAUAUUUUUGAGAAGGGUAAAUUUUCUGACACUUCUUUAUUAGGGGAAGGUGAUUUGGUUGUGGAAAAAUUGAUGCCAGAAGUAACGAGAGCCAAAAGAAAAUCAACUUUGUUAAGAAACCAGUACCAGUUGACAAUGGAUGACUUAUCAAAAACAAUGAAACUUUAUGGAGAAACCCCACAAAGUGAGGAAUCUAAAGCAGAGUUUUUCCAAACGUUUAUAAAUUUUAACGUUGAGUUAAAGAAAGUUCGCAAAGAUAAUUUGGAAAAAGAACAAGCCGAACGAAUGUAUAAGGAAAGACGAGAUUUGUUGUUAGAACGUAAGAAAAAAUAUGAGCAAGAACAAUCAAAGAUUAUUGAAAAUGAAACAAAAUAUGAGGAUAUUUUAAGAAACGGGCUUACUAAGCAAGUGAUAGAAAAACAAGAAGAAAAAGUGUAUGAAGAAUCACCUGCAGUGGUUGAUUUUUUAAUUCAUAAAUUGAAAAGCGUUCCUAAUGCUGAUGAACAUGGAAAUAAUGAAGAAAUUGUCGGUGAUGAUGAAAAGCAAGUUAAAGUUGUGAAAAAGGGGACUACAACUACUAAAAAUAGAUCAAAUUCUUUAUUAAACAGAACUCAAACAUUGAUAAAAGGUACUCAAAAUUUGUAA